AUGGCGACCACAUCCACAGCAGGGUCGCGAGACUCUCCGCUUCCACCAAUCUCGAAAGAUGAGGUCAAAAGUCGUCUUGGCAUCAAGGACGGUGCUUCCGCCUCCUCCUCUAGCGCAGCAUUGACUCCCACCUUUAGCGUUGGCGACUAUGCGCGCUUCUUCGCCUCCGGUGCGCUCUGUGCUACCCUCACGCACGGAGCCAUGACGCCGAUCGAUGUCAUCAAGACGCGAAUUCAGCUCGAGCCCAAGGGUUCCAAAGAGACCAUGCUUUCCAUGGGCCGCAAGAUCAUCUCUUCCGAAGGUCCCGCAGGCCUGCUCACCGGCUUCGGUCCCACCGCCGUCGGCUACCUAAUCCAGGGUGGUGCCAAAUUCGCCGGAUACGAGUUCUUCAAGAAGAAGGGUGUCGACUGGGCUGGCAGCCACGAAGCCGCUCAGCAGUACCGUCAGGUCAUCUACCUAGGUGGUGCCUCAGCUGCAGAGGUGAUCGCUACCACGCUGCUCACUCCUCUCGAGGCUGCUCGUAUCCGUCUCGUCUCUGAGCGAGGCUACGCCAAAGGUCUCGUCUCGGCCAUCACUCGCAUGGGCGCAGAGGAGGGUCUCGCUGGCUUCUACGCUGGAUAUGCUCCCAUCUUGUGCAAGCAGGUUCCCUACGCUAUCGGCCAAUUCGUCACCAACGAGUGGGCACACACCGUCGUCGACUCUGCCGUGUCCAAAGAGGAGCAGGCCAAGUACGGCAAGGCAGGCGAAGUCGGUAUUCAGCUCGGAUGCGGUGUGGUCGCCGGUGUUGCUGCUGCUAUCCUCUCUCACCCCGCCGAUACUCUGCUCAGCAAGAUCAACAAGGGCGGAGGAGGAAAGGGCAGCGCAAUGUCCAAGCUUGUUCGUCUCGCAGGCGAGACUGGUCCCGUCGGUAUCUGGGCCGGUCUUGGCACGAGGAUAGCCAUGACCUCGGCGCUCGUCAGUCUACAGUUCGUACUGUACGGACAGAUCGGCCAGCUCUUGGGCAAACCACCUGGAAUCGAGAUCCGCUCAGACAGCGAGAAGCAGCAAUGA